UUUCCUUCCCCCGGGCCUGCUCGUCCGCCGAGCCGGCCGGUCCUGCCCUGCCCGAUGGCGGGGCCGCGGGGAGGCGGCCUGCGGCGGUGGCCCCUGCUGGGCCCGGCGGGCCUGGCCUGCUCCCUGCUGCUGCUGCUGCUGCUCGGCCAGAUGACCCACGCUGCCAAGAAUUUUGAGGAUGUCCGAUGCAAAUGUAUCUGUCCGCCUUAUAAAGACCAUUCUGGUCAAAUUUAUAAAAAGAACAUAACCCAGAAAGACUGUGACUGCCUCCAUGUAGUGGAGCCCAUGCCUGUCCUGGGGCCUGACGUGGAAGCAUACUGCCUGCGCUGUGAGUGCAAAUACGAGGAGCGAAGUUCCGUCACCAUAAAAGUCACCAUUAUAAUCUAUCUGUCCAUCCUGGGCCUCCUGCUGCUGUACAUGGUGUACCUCACGCUGGUAGAACCCAUCCUCAAGAGGCGCCUCUUUGGACACUCGCAGCUGAUACAGAGCGACGACGACGUUGGGGAUCACCAGCCAUUCGCAAAUGCCCAUGACGUGCUGGCCCGUUCCCGCAGCCGGGCCAACGUGCUGAACAAGGUGGAAUAUGCCCAGCAGCGCUGGAAGCGCCAGGUUCAAGAACAGCGCAAAUCUGUCUUUGACCGCCACGUUGUGCUCAGUUAAUUGGGAGCCCAACGCCACGGCGACCGCAGGCAAGUGAGUAAGAAGGACCGUUGGAAAGAGCUGGCUGAAGUCUUCCUGUUGAUUUUUAUUUUACCUCCCGCUGAAGAAUUUCGACCAGACUCUCGAUGGAUGGUUCCCAGCCGGUAGCAGCCACGUGUUUGAUCUUUAUAAAAUAUCGAAGUGUUAUAAAUGUUCGAAACCCACAUCUCAGUAGCCAAAAGAACCCAAUAAAUAACUGUCCUUCUCUGGUGGCUUUGACUAACGAUAUUAAGCCCUCGGGCAAGUUCUCUGGAAGCGCGUAAUAUGUGGCAAGCAUUCUCUCUUUCUCACUACAGCUCUUAGUGCGGAUUUCAAAGUAUGUACUAUUUAAGGUAACUCUUUCAAGUUCGAGAGGUGGGAAGGCCCAGUUUUUCCAUUUCACUCCUCAGCCACUUUGCCGAGCGGACAUUUGUAAAUAUACGUUUCCCUCUGCGUUUCAUGCUUUCUGCCCAAAGCCUCCAUUUUGCCACCUAGUUUGAUGUCUCAUAGACGUGCUGACACUCCUGGUUGCUUUCCGGCACGGUGUGUGUGGUGCAGGUGGAGAGGUGCCCUUCCACAGAGCCUGGCUGAGCAAGUCAAGUCCAAAAUGGCGGUUGACUUAGUGAUUUCCCCUGAUGUAGCUAAACUCAUGUCUAGAGCAGGGCGCUCGUAGAUGGAUUGGCGUUAAGCUCGCUUGGUCUUCUGGCUGAUGUGUGUGGGUCUUUGGUUCCUCCAAACCAUCUCCUGGAAUCUUUAGGGGUAAAGACUCAGGUCCGGGCAAACAUGCAAAAAAGAAAAUAUAUAGAUAUAUUUCUGUAAGACCCGAGCUCGCUCGGGUUUGGUGGCACACGUAUUCUCCAGCAUUUUGGGUUAUCGCGGAUAGUGGCCGUUGGGUUUACCGGGUAUGUAUCUGAACUGUGACUUGAAGUUCUGUACUUCUCCCUCUGAGAGGUCCUACAGUUUUGGAUAACUGGCUCUUUUCUUUCUAUAUCCUCUUUGGAAUGGAAUAAUAAAAAUAAUUUUGGAAAAAGUUA